AAUUGCCCAUAAUGCACCAAUGAAAACAAUAUGGCUGUUUACCUGCAUAGAAUACUUCCUGAUGAAAAAUCUAAAAUAAAUGUUUGAAGUUCUUUUAAAAAAGUGUGCAUAAAACGUUGCAAACAUAACUACUUUGAAGCCAAACUUUAGCGCCUGCUGCGCUGUUGGAGAGAUGGUAAGUACACAUAAGCUUUCUCUACCCCACCUUUUGUUUCCAAACCACUCUGCUAGUACAACAAUAAACAAUAUAUAACAUAUAAAUAUUAUAUUAUUAUAUCAAUAUUACAUUUAUUUAUUUAGGCAUUUUUAUAUAGCGCUUACCUUAAAGCUCUAAGCGCUUUACAAUGAUUAAAAACAUGUAAACUAACUAAAAUAAAAAUGAGUCAUUAGGAUAGUAACUACUUUACUAUACUAUAGUGACUAUAGAAACAAUUAAAAUGGCUAUAAAACGAGGACACUUUGGCACGUUUUGGCCUAUACUACAGGAUUAAACCGAAACAGAAAAUGAGGCAGGGCAAGGAGGGUGCAUCACAGGUCAUAGGCGGACCUAAACAGAUGGGUUUUAAGGGACUUUUUAAAAGUGGACGAGGUUUCACAAUGACGGAUAUGGAAGGGGAGCUGGUUCCAGAACGUGGGCCCAUGGAAGUACUAUUAGUAAUUACUAUUACUUAAAAAUUAGGCUGUGGCCAAAGAGAAAAAAACAAGAACUAGAACUUAGAUGACUUAGUUAGCUAUGCUGAAUUCACAUGCGAUUUAUCAUUAUAUGCAUUUAUAGGCCUAGGUGUCUUAAGUGGGCCCUUAUUAAAUAUUUUGUGGUAGAAGUGUACCUUUGUAGCCCUAAUAAUAUAAAUAAAGAUAAAUGUGUAGUUUGUGUAGUUUGUGAGUGGCACGAGUUUUGUCAAGAGUAUGACUUUGACAUUUAAUCAAAAUAACUUAGACCAGGGGUCUCAAACUCAAAUCAUCCGGGGGCCGCAGGAGGUAGAGUCUGAGUGAGUGAGACUGGGCCGCAUCAAGUAUAAAGUGAUUACAAAUUCAAUAAAGCACAACUGUUACAAUCUGCUCAACCUUUAUUAAUAAUAAAUGAAAACAUUAAGGGUUCACAAGAACUAGGCUUCGCUUUCUUCCUCCUUCUCCCUCCUUCUCCCUGUUGCCAGAGACCUGGCAGUGCUUCUUCUUACACAGCUGAGAAAAAUUUAGCUUGAGUGAGGAAGCAACUGAGACCCUCAUUAUAGCUUGAAGAUGUUAAUCAGUAAGUUGGCCCUGAAUUUUGACUUGUUAAAGUUCAUAGUGGAAAAGAGCUUUUCACACAGAUAGGUACUCCCAAAAAGUCAUAUGAUCCGCUUGAACAACCUGGAAAUCUUAGGGAAGGUGGAGGGCAAUGAUCUGAUAAAAUGUCCAUGCUUGUAUUUUUCCAUUCACCUCCCUGAACUUAGAAUUGCACUGAAGAUCAAUCAGCCCCAUUUGAAGCGAAACAAAAAGUGUGUGGGGGGGGGUGCAUCUUCCAUAUUGAAGGAGAAAGGGUCUGGAAAACGUUGAAAAGUGGCUCUGUGUGCUUUGAAGUAUAAAAAACAUGUGAUCAAAUUCUUCCUGUAGCUUUGCAAUGGCAUCAGUAUACUUACCACUGAAUAGUGUGCCCAAGUCCAUAAGUAGCCUACUUCUCUAAGAACCAUAAUGCAAGAUGAGAAAAAUCAUAGAGCCACCCCAUGGCCUAAAUUGAACUGAUUUAUAGGCAGCCUUUUUUUUGUUAUUAGCCUCAUAAUAACAACUAGACUAAUUCUUCAGGUGUCUGAUUUGAAUUAAACUAAUUUUUGUUAAGUUUUUUGGCUUAAAUUUAAAUAUAGUAUAGAAUUAGAGAUAGUAAUGUAAUGAUCAACAAACUAAGUGAUGUGAGUGUGAGUCAAUUUUAUUUUGUAUUAAUAUUUGUAAUAAAUAGGCCAAAUUUUCAUAGUUAGUGAGUUAAAUGAUUAUUUUUUUGGUGUUCGUCCGUCGAAGUCGACCAUUGGGUCAUCCAAAGGUUAGGGGGAGGUUGGGUUAUGGUGAGCUCGUAGGUGGCUUGCUAGACCGAUCCGUGCUCGGAAUAAUCUUUGGCAUCGCGGGCAGGGGAUAGUUGCUUCAGACGGUGACUUAAUAUUGCUCUUUCGGGCAAGCCUGCGUGUCUCAGCUGUGGAUAUCCUAUUAGCUGCAUGGGAUUUAGCCCCCUUCUUGACAGAAGCUCUCCACCUGGCUCUGUCCUGGGCUGUCUGCACCCAUUGAGUAGGGUUUAUGCUGAAGGCCUUUAUAGCCACUUUCAGUGAGUCUUUGUAGCGCUUUUUUUGACCUCUUUGGGAGCACUUGCCUAUCGUGAGUUCUCCGAAGAAUAUCUGUUUCGGGAGCCGGUGGUCUUCAAUACGGGCUACGUGUCCCAUCCAACGGAGCUGAGACUGCAUCACAGUGGUGAAGAUACUAGGUAGGUUCGCUCUAGCGAGGAUCUCGGUGUCGGGGACUUUGUCUUGCCACCUGAUGCCGAGGAGUUUCCUGAGGCAGGUUAUGUGAAAAUGAUUCAGUUUCUUGGCGGGUAGACUGUCCACGUUUCACAUCCGUAGAGCAGUGUCGGGAGGACUGCUGCGCUUUAGACCUUGAUCUUCGUUUCUCGUCUGAUACCUCUCCUGUCCCAAACAGUGCUGUGGAGCCUGCCAAAUAUGGCACUAGCUUUUGCGAGUCUGCCAUUCAUUUCAUCAUCCAUGACGACAUGAUUAUAUAUAAGUAUAGGCAUCACUGGGAUUUUUCAACUUUGAACCACCAAUUCCCAGGCCAUGAAAAAGUUCACAAAACAUAAGGGAAAAGCUUUUUUUUCAUUUUUAUUAAUUAAGCAUUAUCAAAGGACAAUUUUUUUUAGUUGCAUAAUCAUCCUGAUCCAGUAGCCACUUGGGCAUGUGUUCUUCAGCCCGAGACCACAAUGAAAAAUUAGGUCUUCCUCAGUUGGUCUUGAUCUGCAUGUAGGGUGUUCUUUAGUCUGGCAAUUGUGGUACAUAGUCGAGGUGUAAGUCCUAAAGUGCUGGGCAGGCAUCACAUUCUUUGCAACAUUCAUUAAUUUCUAUUUCUGGAAUAUUUAUCCUUGAUUUCUUAAACAGUAGACACAUUUCAUUACAGGGAGCUAAUGCAUCCCAGUUGGAGAAGGAAAUAGGUUCAGAACAGUUUCCAACUAAUGAACAUUACUUUGGCUUGGUCAAUGUAAGUAUAUACUUCUUUUUAUUGUUCAUGCUUUUUACAUUUUUACAACAAAGAAUAUUUAAAUGGAGAAAUGUACAAAAAAAAUUGUGAGCGACUUUCAGAUGAGAUCAUUUCAUAAAGACAAGAAUGGUCUUUCUCAUACACUUUAGUUGUUUAUUAAAAACAUGGUUGACACUUUUGCACAAAGUUAGUUUUUACCCUCUCUUCACUUCACUAUUUGAUUGAACAAAAGAACUGUUUAAAUGACCAUUAAAAUGACACAUCUUAUUUUCAUCAUUUCCAUCCCUUCAGUUUGGCAAUACAUGCUAUUGUAAUUCAGUGCUGCAGGCGCUUUACUUUUGUCGACCCUUUCGUGAGAAAGUACUUCAGUACAAGCAUCAGGUCAAAAGUUUAAAGAAGGAGACACUCCUCACAUGCCUUGCUGAUCUCUUCUAUAGUGUCGCAACCCAAAAGAAGAAAGUUGGUACCUUGGCUCCGAAAAAAUUUAUCACCAGACUGCGCAAGGAAAAUGGUAUACAAAUAACAGAUCAAUUUUUUUUAUUUUUACUGUUAAGCCUGGCUAUUUAUUUAAUGUUGAGCUCAAAAGCAUUUAUCUUAUGUGUACGAUCAUCUAAAAUAUAUUCUGCUAUAUAUUUUAUUAAAGAAAAGUUUCCACACAUUUUUAAAAUUAAACUUCAAUAUUGAUACAAAUAAUUUAGGAUAAGUCAAAUAUUAUGAUCAGUCUAUUUGAUAAUAUUCAUAUUGUUUAUGGAUUAAUACUUUACAAAUAUUAUUAAUUUCCAAAUUGAUCUUCAGAACUAUUUGACAAUUACAUGCAACAAGAUGCCCAUGAAUUUCUAAAUUACUUGCUCAACACUGUAGCUGACUUACUCACAGGUGAGAAGAAAUAUUUCAUUUUUCUAAUUCAAUUAAAAACUAUUCAUUAUUAUUAUUGAUUUAUAACACAGUGUCCCUAAAAUUAUAUUAAAUGCUAUGAUUGCAUUUGAAUUUGUUAAGAUUCAAAGGGCCUCCAUUUUUUUCCAGAUCUUUCUGUAAAUGCUGGAAAAGUUGCUUUCUUUCAAGUAUAACUAACAUUCCUGCUUUCUCUUAUAAACGACACCGGAACUUGUCAACUCAAUGCUCAUCUUUAAAUGCUUUUGUAUCCCUUGUAUGGACAUAUUUUGUUAAUCUUUAACCCUAUAACUGUCAUAACGGCCGAUGAUCGGAGAGUCAGAUAUUGACAAUUUUAGCCCUAAGCUUAGUCAUAUUGUUACAGACAAAUUUGUUUGGGAAAGGGUGGAAAUCGAACAGAAAAAGACACAGAUUUGAUCCCAACGAUCUACCCCUAAUAUAUUUUUGUUUUUAUAUGUUCUGGAGUAUUCAUUAAUAAAAAAUGUAUUUAAUAACUUCAAAUGAAAAGAAAUUUUUGAACUCAUUUCGUGCCUUCCCCUUGUAUUUUGUAUGACAGAAAUUUGAAGGUAGUCAAUGAAAAAAUUCACCAAUAUCACAAUUUUCCAUAUAAGUAACUAUAAAUUGUCAUUUUCUGAAAGAAUAUUGCUUCUAGUAUAUCAAAAACUUGAUUUUAUGAUAGUUUGAACAAUUUAUGAAGUAUUUAGGAUGGGUUGAAUUCAGAAGUUGAGUAGUAAAAUUUCACUCACUCUGUAAAGGUCAAUAUCAACAUACAUAGUAUAAAAAAAAAUUCUUUUCAUACCAUAAGAUGCCUUGUCCAGUUAUAGGGUUAAUGUAAUCUUGAUUCAUGCAAUAUAUGUACCAUUUUUUUUUAAUAGGCUGAUUUAUUAAAUGUGAAUAAAAAGUGGACUGAACUCUUUCUGCUUAACACCUGUCCUAUUAUUUCAGCUGAGAAAAAGGGAAAUCAGAAAACCCCAGAAACCAACCACAGUGUCAAACCAGACCCAACAUGGGUGCAUGAAAUUUUUCAGGGAACACUGACCAACGAGACACGGUGUCUCACUUGUGAAACAGUAAGAUAUAACUUUUCAUGCGGCUGUCACAGGGUUAUUUUAAGACUCUGGGCAUAAUUACUUUAGUAGAGUUUAUUUGUCUGGUAAUCCUUGGCAUCGUUAAAAAUGCUUACAUUUACAAAAUCAGAUUGGAAUGUUAGGCUCCCUAGAUAAUCAAUUUUUUAAAAACUUUAAUUACAUUAUAGCAUUCAGUUUACAUGUUGUAAGGUCUCGGCCAUGUAUUAAGCCAAACAGAGUAACUAUUUUACAAGCCAACCAUAUUUUUUAAGUUACUGAAAUAAAAGCAAUUUUCCAGUGCUGGUGAGCAUCCAAGACUUGCUGAAGCCAUAAUUUAUAUUUUUUAAUAUUUUAGGUGAGUAGUAAAGAUGAGGACUUUUUGGACUUGAGUGUUGAUGUAGAGCAGAAUACGUCUAUAACACACUGUCUUAGGGGCUUCAGCAACACAGAAACCCUGUGCUCUGAACACAAGUAUUACUGUGAGGUGUGUUGUAGCAAGCAGGAGGCUCAGAAAAGGUCAGUGUUAUUAGUUAAUCUACCUUUCUAUUUUAAAAAAUGCGGAAAGAAAAUUAGUUUCAUAUUAUUAAAAUAUUGGUUUACAAUCUAUUCUUGGCCACAAAAUUUUGGUGGGAGUAAAAUAAAAUAAAAAUUUAAAACACCCCCCACCCAACCUCGCCUCUCUCUUUUAAAGAAGCAUUUGGUAAUUAACACACAUUAAUAAUAAUUUUCGAAUCUUUUUUUUUUAAAGAAUGUUUCUGAUAUUCAUCUACUCUGACAUUAAAGAUAAUGAUUAGAAUGAAUCGUUGUUUAUUUGGAACACAUUUAUUUAGAAUUAAUUUAAAAAUACAUUUUUCUGGUUUAUUAUUUAUGUCAUUUAAUUAUAAUACAUAGAUUUGGAGUUUAAAGCUUACUUUGUGUUUUUGUAUCUAUGUUGCUCCUCUGAUUCUUGCAGGAUGAGAGUUAAGAAAUUACCACAGAUUCUAGCCCUUCAUUUGAAACGUUUCAAGUAUAUGGAGCACCUUAAUCGAUACAUCAAAGUCUCUUAUAGGGUCGUCUUUCCGUUAGAGCUUCGCCUUUUCAACACGGUAAGUGGUUGCUGUUGCCAGCCAAAUCAUACGGGGGCCACGUUGCUUCCAGCAUGUGGCUGGUGUAGUUAAUGUUAUGAACUUGUUUAAGCUAAUGCUACUUGUUGGUGAUGACUAUAUCUUAAUGCAGCUGAUAAGUUUGGACAGACACCCCCAUCCCCCUGCCAACUUUCCACCUGUAGUUCAUCACGAUUCUACUACAACGAACCAAAUAGAUUCAUAUUUUAAUAGGGAGCUGAUAAAAAGUGGCUCAUGAUCAAAUUAACUUGAAAUAUAACACUAUAAAUAAAACUUCAUUGUUUCAGUCUGAUGAUGCCUUCAAUCCAGAACGAUUAUAUGAUUUAGUGGCAGUUGUUGUUCAUUGUGGAUCAGGGCCGAACAGAGGUCACUACAUUAGCAUUGUCAAAAGUCACGGCUUCUGGCUGCUGUUUGAUGAUGAUAUUGUAGAUGUAAGUAUAGAUGGAUCAUUAUUAGAAAACUCAUCUAAAUAUAGAUCACUGGUGGAAUAGCUUUUUUAGCUAAAACCCCAAAAUCAAAGACUAUUUAAAUUCAAAAAAGCUUGGCCAUAUAAUAACAUGGACAAUACAAUAAUAUUAAAGUAUAAAUCUUAGAAAUUAUUUAGCUAAAGAUGAAAUAAUAGGCAUAUAGGCCAAAAUGAUGUAUACAAGACAAGACAUAAAUUAUACUCAACUAGGUUAAAAUAACGUAUACCUCCUCGUAUAUCUAGGCCAAAAUGAUGUAAACAAGAAACUACAUGAUGUUAUGCAAGUUACUGAGCCAGUAAAAAUUCACCUCAUGUUGGGGGCUUUUCCCUGUUACGCUGGCUAGGUGCAAUGUUAUCAGAGCCAAAAUAUACGACCUACCAAAGAACACUCCUUUGUCUAUUGAUCCCUCAUUUUUCAUUUUUACCCUAUUUUGGGUAAUUUACCCCCGUUUGCCGACCCCCCUGGUAUUGAUGACUCAUUGUAAUAAAAGUUUUGUAAGCAUAGAUGGAUCAUUGUGAGAAAAGUUAUGUAGGUUUAGAUGGAUCAUUGUGAGAAAAGGUAUGUAAGUAAAGAUGGAUUAUUGUAAUAAAAGUUUUGUAAGCAUAGAUGGAUCAUUGUGAGAAAAGUGAUGUAGGUUUAGAUGGAUCAUUGUUUGCGACCCAGAGGUUGAGAACCGCUGGUUUAGAUGAAUCAUUGUUAGAAAGUUAUGUAAGUUUAGAUGGAUCAUUACUAGAAAAGUUAUCUCUGUAAAGAUUGAUCAUAGCUAGGAAAGUUAGAUAUCAUAUAUUUUAUGCCUUUAUGAAAUAUACACAUUGCCAAUAUCAGUGUGCUUAUAUAAACACUGCUAUUUACUUAUACUUAACAUUUUUUUUUUACUACACUUGGAUACUUGGGAUAAACAUGCUUAAUCAUUUUCAUACCUUGAAACUUUUAAAUAUUUAAAAAAAUAAAUAAUGAAAAUUAAAGUUUAGUGGUUAUUCUUAGCUACUGAAUGAACCAAGAAAAAAAUAAUCUUGAUCUGACUUAGGAUUUCCUGUGUUCUUUCUGCAGAAAAUUGAUGCCAGCCAAAUUGAAGAGUUUUACGGAGUCCCGUCUGACACACAGAAGAAUUCAUCCGAGUCAGGUUACAUCCUGUUCUACCAGUCCAGGGAGUGAGCUGUUGCCUCACAGCCCAGCACAUAUCAAGAGAAGCAGACCUCUGCAAGUGUACAGCAUGAAUCAGAAAUUAAGACUCCUAGUGCUUGUAGCUUUCACAGACAUAUUUUGUCCUUUUUUUUUUUAAGUUAGCAGAUAAUUUUUUUUCCGAAAUCUGAAAAGCACUGCUUCGUUAGCUUAUUACAUUGUAGGUACAUUUGUACUAGAGAUUUAAACUUAUAAAUUUUCAUACACUUCAAAUCCAUUGAUUCCAUUCUGUUUGUGUCAGUGUUUUAAUACAACCUGACUUAAAAGUUUAUCAUAGUUUUAAUAGUUUUACAAAUGUUGAAUAAUGAUAAAUGUCAUAAUUUGACUAAAAGAUGUAGCUCGAGACGUUUGAAGAGAGAAAGAGUCUGGCCAAAGUCUUAUCACUUUGUUCUUAACACUUGACUCCAAAUAAAUUUAAAAAACCCGUUGGAGAUACCACUCGGGGUAAUUUUUUCCAUCUCAGACAACAGCUGUAAAAAUAAUAAAAUAUAACGAAAAAAAAAAGACAGGCUGUUAAAACUUUUGCAAUGGCAACUUGAAGGAUGAUACAAAGAAUUAUAUUGCCAUUAAUUUUUGUUUAAUGUGUAACCAAAACUUUACUUUGCCAUUGAAAAAGGUAGAAGAAAUAUGCUGGUAACAUCAUAAACCCAGCAUAAUUUGAUGGUUUAUUUAGCUUCAAACAGUUUCAGUUAGUUGGAUAGCAACUUUAAAAUUUUGUAAGCAUCUCCAAGAAACUUGAGUGUGUUGAGUGAGACAGUGUUGUAUAUAAGUGUGUGUUGUGCUGUAACUGUAAACGGAGAGAUCGAGUUGCUGCAGAUGUGCCACAGAGGCAUCAGUUAACCAAUGUGUACAUAACCCAGGCCAGCCUUGACAAACACAGCAACUUACACAAGAAUACAAAUUCUCCUGUGAUAUGAUGCCCUCCUUAUCUAUGUGAUAUUGCCAGCUGCUGGCGUAACCAUUCAUGGAAUAACAAAACACAUGAACUCGUGUCAUCAUUAUCUCACAGGCCUUGUCACCUGCAUAUAAAAACUUCUUUUUUUUUUCUUUUCUUUUUUUUUAAAUGCAGGAAUGAAUGCUUUAAUUAACAGUAUACAUUUCUAUUUAUUUUAAAUGCAGGAAUGAAAACUUUCAUGAACAGUACACAUUUCUAUUUAUUUUAAAUGCAGGAAUGAAUACUUUAAUUAACGGUAUACAUUUCUAUUUAUUUUAAAUGCAGGAAUGAAUGCUUUAAUUAACUAUAUACAUUUUUAUUUAUUUUAAAACUGCGGACUUGGGAUUUUUUUCUUUUCAUGUAAUGAAACUUCAUUCUUGAUGGAUUUUAAUGUUUAUCAGGGUUCAUUGAAGCAACAUCUACUGCAGGAUCUGUCCUACAUAUCUAAUCAGGAUUAUUACCUUCAGUAAAGUGAUGACAAAUUUGUUGGAGAAUAGAGUGCGGUAAAAAGUAUAUAGGUCACAGUAGGAGAUACUGUUUAACAGAUAUCUCACCACGAGGGGGGUCACAGAAGAAUAUAGUAAAAAAAAACAAACAAAUAAACUCCCCACCCUGGUAUUUGAGUAUGCUACAUGUUCCCUGUAUUACAGUGUACAAGAUGUGAACAUGUGUUUCCUGUAUAUCAGUGUACAAGUCCCCCUGCGAGUCCAUGUACAAAAUGUCCCAAAGCUCCCUGUCUAAUCACCAACCGUUCGAACCUUGAUGUUUCCUCACUGUAAAUAGAUGACCUCACAGAAGCCCUACUUACCAAUGUUGUGACCAGUUUUGUACUUCAGUUAGGGUUGCUUCACCCCAUCACUGUGCUGUAUAAUAGGAUUUCUUGUAUAUUUAAUCAGAUAUUGUAAUCCAGCUUGUAAAUUCACAGACUUGAGUCUCCUGUUGUGUCAUAUACCAUUUUCUACCAUAUUUAUGCAGCAGAAAUAAAUUGCUAUUAACAUUUUUUAAAUGUUAUUACCCAUUGCCUCUUGUAUGAACCAUACUCAGUAACAGAAUUAACACAUUUAAACAUUUUUUGUCAAAAAAAGAUAUUUCUUAUUUCAUUUAAAUUACUUUUUUUUUUAGGAUUAGUAUUCAAAACCUCUUUUUUAACAUUUGUUUUUCUUUAAAUUUUUUAGUUUUUCAAGUUUAACACAUGAAUUAAGUAAACAGAAGUGGUCUGAAACAUAGACAGUGGUCUGAAACAUAGACGACUAGUUGGCAUGUAGAGUCUGUAAUUUUGCAUGUGGGUUGGGGAGGAGGGUGUCACCUUGGACUUCAGUAACUCUUAUUAUGCUAAUGCGCAAUUACAUUUUUAAAAAAAUGUAUGCUUUUGUAAACUAAAAUACCUCUUAUUGUUGAGAAGUAGGAGUUAAGCUUUUUAAAAAGCAAACGCCAAAAGCAAAUAUUUGAAGGAAUUUGAACAAUAUCUCUAUCUUCAAUGUUUCUUGCAUAUUAUUAGGCUUUCAUAAUUCUUAAAAACAUAUUUAAUUUUCGAAUGAUUGUUACAUUAAGUACUGCUUCUGAACAAUUUAGCUUCACCAUGUAUUUAUUUUACAGUAGAUGGAUUUGUUCAAAUGAUCAGUGGGGUCUCACAACUACUUAGUGAUAAUAAGAUACAACAAUCUUAAUAAAAUCUAUCAACUAUAAUUAAUGCUAUGGUAUUGUAGACAUUUAGCUAAAUUUAGUGUUUGAGUUGUAGAUUUUUUUUUAAUUCUCUAAAAUGAAUGAAACAUGCAUGCUCUACCAAGGAUAUAAAUAUAUCUCACAGUGACUUUGAAAAAAACAAACAAAUAGUCAGUGCUUUAAUUAAUUGAUAAGAGAAUGGUUGCCACUGACACAGGAGGGUGUGUCAUUAGUUUUCAACUAGGAGAAUCCCUGAGGACUGGUUAUUACAAAUUAAGUGUAUUUCUCUUAUUGAAAAGCUGAGUUCUAGGAAGAGUUGUCCCAUUGUGCAGAGUUAUGUGCGUCAUCAGCAUUGAAGGUUUUUUUGUUUUUUUUUAACCCAAUGAGUUUUAAAAAAAAUGAUAUUUGGACUUGUUAUCACCAGUAUUGAUUUUAUGAGUGAAUAUUUUUUUCUUUUGUGUGUUUUUUUUUUUGGCUAACAUUUGUAAAGUUAACAAAAGGUUAAUGAAAUGCUGUGAGCCAUCCAUCAUGUCUUAUGAGACAAACAUAAUUUUUCAUUAUAAAAUCAUUCAUUUCUGACUCGCAGUCUCUUUAAGUGAAUUUAAGAAUGGAAUAAAAAUGCCCUGCCUGUCUUGAGGUCUCGUCUAUAAAUUUCAGUCUGAAGCCUCUGCCAUGUCAACUCAAGAUGUGUGUGUGUGUGUGUGUAAACUAGCCCAAGGCAAGGUCAAAGAACAUGAGUUUAAAAGUUAUCAGGAGCACUGUAUAUAUUGAAUGAGGCAUUGUAACUAAAUAAUUGUUAAGUUGGAUGUGACCUCAACAAUUGGUUGUGUUUUUUUAAAACAUAAUGUAUAAUGAUGUUGUUUAUUCCCCUGCUUUUUAAAAUUUUUUAGUACCAAAAAUGCGUUUUUAUGUUUGCUUUGUUGAAUAUUUCCUUUUUUUCGUAUAAU